AUGACGCCCACCUACACCAACACCACGUCCAAAAACAGCAGCAGCCACACGUGCAUGCCCUUCUUCAAAAUGCCCAUCAGCCUGACUCAUGGAAUCAUCCACUCCAGCAUGCUGCUCAUCUUUAUCACCGCCUCAUUCAUGGGCAACAUAGUGCUAGCAAUUGUGUUGCAGCGCAAGCCUCAGCUGCUGCAGGUGACCAACCGCUUCAUCUUUAACCUCUUCAUCACUGACCUGCUGCAGGUUUCACUCGUGGCUCCCUGGGUGGUGGCCACAUCUGUGUCUCUCUUCUGGCCCCUCAACAGCCACUUCUAUACUGUCCUGGUUCACCUCACUCACCUGUUCGCCUUUGCCAGUGUCAACACUAUCUUUGUGGUGUCAGUGGAUCACUCUAUCAUCCACCCACUCUCCUACCCAGCCAAGAUGACCCUGCGCUGGGGUUAUAUGCUCCUCUAUGGCACCUGGAUCUUGGCCAUCCUUCAGAGCACACCCCUACUUUAUGGCUGGGGUCAGGCUGCCUUUGAUGAGUACAAUGCCCUCUGCUCCAUGAUCUGGGGGUCCAGCCCUAGCUACACCAUUCUCAGCAUGGUGACCUUCAUUAUCAUUCCACUGGUCGUCAUAAUUGCCUGCUACUCUGUGGCAUUUGGUGCAGCCCGGCAUCAGCAUGCUCUUCUGUAACACGUCAAGAGCCACCACAGGUUGGAGGUUCCAGCCAAGGACCGUGUGGAGAAUGAGGAUGAAAAGGGAGAGAGGAAGGAUGAGUUCCAGGGUGAGAGCAAGUUCCACAGCCAGAAUGAAGGUGGGAUCAAGGCUAAAGUGGGCAGUGUGGAGGCCCAAGAAGGCAGAUUGGAAGUCAAGGAAGAGAGUGUGGAGGCCAAGGGCAGCAAGGAGGUCAAAGAAAGCAGCUUGGUAGCUGAUGGUGGCAGCAUGGAGGGUAAGGAAAGUGGCACCAAUAUUGAGAGCAGCAUGAAAGCAGGCAAUGGUCAUAUAGAGGUCAAUCAGUGCAACAUUGACUUGGGUAAAGAUGACAUGGAGUUUGGUGAAAAUGACAUCAAUUUCAGUGAGGAUGACAUCAAGGCAGUGAACAUCCAGGAGAGUUUCCCAAAGAGUCAUCAAAACAGCAACAAUGACCCUCCUCUGCCCAAGUGCUACCAGUGCAAAGCUGCUAAAGUGAUCUUCCUGAUCAUGUUCUCCUAAAUGCUGUUACUGGGGCCCUUGAUUCUAGAAGUCCUGGCUAUGUGGGUGGAUGUCCAAACCAAGGUAUCACAGGAGGUGAUCAAAAUAAUAAUCUGGCUUUUCUUCCUCCAGUGCUGCAUCCCCUACAUAUAUGGGUACAUGCACAAGACCAUCAAGAAGGAAAUUGAGGAUAUGCUGAAUAAGUUCUUCUGCCCCCAAAAGAAUAUAGCCACCCAGACCUCUGGAACUGAAGUUGGCACAGAGGGUGGGACUGAAGGCAAGAUCAUCCCUUCUCAUGAUUCUGCCACUUCACCUUGA